GCUGCCCCCAUGCCCAGCCACGCCCAAGGCCCAGCCUCCCCAGCUGGAACCAGGUCUCCCUCCCGGGUAUAAAACCUGCGCUCCUGCUGGACAGGGGCUGGGGUCAGCACCAUGCAGCUCAAUUUCAGCAGCCUCAGGGCCCUGGUGACGGGGGCAGGGCAAGGGAUCGGACGCCACACGGCCAAGGCCCUGCAUGCCUCGGGGGCCAGGGUGGUGGCCCUGAGCCGCACCAGAGCCAACCUGGUCAGCCUCUUGGAGGAGUGUCCCGGGAUAGAGACCGUGUGUGUGGACCUGGGCGACUGGGAGGCCACAGAGCAGGCGCUGGGCGGCGUGGGCCCUGUGGACCUGCUGGUGAACAAUGCCGCCGUGGCAAUGCUGCAGCCCUUCCUGGAGGUCACCAAGGAGGCCUUUGACAGGUCCUUCGGUGUGAACCUGCGGUCCGUGUUCCAGGUGUCCCAGGUGGUGGCCCGAGGCAUGAUCGAGCGCGGGGUGCCCGGCUCCAUCGUCAACAUCUCCAGCAUAACCGCCUACGUCACCUUCCCCAACUGCGCUGUCUACAGUUCCACCAAGGGUGCGAUGACCAUGCUGACCAAAACCAUGGCCUUGGAGCUGGGGCCGCACAAGAUCCGGGUGAACUCCGUGAACCCCACGGUUGUGCUGACGGCCAUGAGCCAACAAAGCUUGAGCGACCCCGAAUUCGCCCGGAAGUUGAAGGAGCAGCACCCGCUGAAGAAGUUUGCAGACAUGGAGGACGUGGUCAACAGCAUCCUGUUCCUGCUCAGCGACCGCAGCGCCUCCACGAGCGGCUCCAGCCUCCUAGUGGACGCCGGGUACCUGGCCUCCUAGAGCAGCGUGGAGGUGCGGACUGCCGGGCGGUCCUCGGCUUCUCCCAGCCCAGUCUCCGGGCUGGCACCCCGCCCACCUCCCAGCCCAGCCUUACCCCGCCUCCACGCCGCGAUCCCUAAGGCCGCCUGGCCCCACCCUCGACCCACCUCCACCCCGGCCACGCCCCCACCAGACCACGCCCUCCGACUGCAUUUAAUAUCAAUAGCCCCGCCCCGCGGUUCCCUUGGCCCCGCCUCUCCACCUCUGCUCCACCGCCCGGCGUCUGGCCCCGCCCCUCCGCCUGCCCUACCUCGCUGCCAGGAGACCCCUCCCGUGUCGCCCUCCACCACUGACUGUGACCUCCGCUGUACUGGGGUCGAUUCGCCUAAAUAAAUAAACGGAGGCCAUGCUCCCGGAA